AUGCGCCGCAGUCUCACUAUAGCCCUAACUCCAUUUGAUCUCUUCGAUCCGGGGGUCGAACCGGCACUUACACUCGUUGCGCAACACGCACCCGCGCCCGGCUCCGGCGCCAGCGAGCUCCGCGAGGCCCCCCACACAUGUCGCGCGUUGUGUAGCCCGGGCACUUCCGAUGGCCAACUCCGCGUCCCCUUCAAGCUCAAUCAACGAUGUCGACAUUCGAUGGCUUUAGUCAGUCUUCCGUUUACCCGUGAUGUUGAACGAUUGCUAAACAUCUCUGACUCCCAGUUCGUGAAUUCGAUGGUCUGGUUCGCGUGGAUAACUUCCAACAAAAUGACCGGCUUCCACUGA